GUGUGUGUUGACAGACAUAACAGUAAAUAUUGGAUUGAAUUGAAAAUAGGUUUUGAUUGAAGACAUCGUCGGAUAAUAAGCCAUUGACCACACAAUCAACACUCAAUUGCUUGCUAUCUUUCAAUGACCACUCAUUCACUUCAUUAUCACCACAACUACAGAGUCUGAUGUGAUGUCUUCAUCAGAAGUGCCGUUAGAUUUAAGCAAUGAAUCCAAAGACAAGACACCCCAAGAAACCAAAUUGAGUAUUCACUCAAAUGUAAUAAACGGUGAAAACAAUACGAAAUCCAAGCGAAAGACACCAAAUGUGACAAAAGUUUUGCACAAAACUUCUCAACCGAUGACUAAGAGACAGAAAUUAGCGAACAGUAGUUCCAGUGCUGCAGAUGUGAACCCAUUGCAGAGGGGAAAGUAUGGCCUCAGACUACUGCCCCCACAAGUCGACUACUAUCAGUCAGUUUUAGAGGACCGACGCAUUCGCUCGUAUAAGGAGCCGACGCAAGCGAUACCGGAGUCCAUUAAAAACGAACCAAAAGUGGAGACAAAACAUAAACCAAAGCCGAGACAAACUGUUGGCAAAUAUGAAUUCGAAAUCGGAGACAUUGUUUGGGCAACGCUUCCAAACUACAAGACAUGGUUUCCGGCGCUCAUUAUCUCUCAUCUGCACUGUAAGCAAAAGGCGGCCAAAAAGGGUCAGACAUGGGUUUAUUGGUUCGGCGACCAUCAGGUCUCGGAAAUACACAAAUCGAAGAUAAAGUCUUUUGUACCAAACUUUUCGGAGUUAAGUAAAGGCACGUCUUCUCUGACGAGUCUCCGGAUGAAAGAAGCCCUUCAAGUGUUGGCCUCGAGAGCGGGCGUUGACUUUGAAUCGGACGCUAUUGUGGCCACGAGUAGCACCUGUACUGACGAAGAGAAAAGUGCUCUCAUUUCGUGGGCCAGAAGUGGCUUUCAAGUGAAAAGUGGAUUGACUCCUGAAACCGCCUUUAAAGCUGAUCCACUGAAUCCAAUACCUACUUCUGCGGCCUCUUAUUUGCCUUUGGAUUCUGUUUACUCGGAAUCUCUCAAAACUGAUGAAAGACUUCAGCAGAUAGUCUACUACGAAGUGGAGAGGACUGAGAGCACGGAUUCGCAAGAAAUACCCGAAUAUAAAGUCUCACAAAUCGACAGAAUUCAGAAGAAAGAGGUGGCCAUCGCUCGCAUUUGUAUCGCCUGUUGCUGUGACGCCGAAGCACUGGCCGGCAGUGAGUCGCGAGUACUUCUGGAACACCCCAUCUUUGAGGGCGGGUUAUGUCGACUUUGUUAUGACAAUAUUCGUGUAACGAUGUACGCGCCCGGCGAUGACCACAAGAAUUCUUUUUGUGCAAUUUGUGGACAAUUGGGAAAACUUGCAAUUUGUGAGAACGAGAUGUGUCACCGAGUCUAUUGUUUGAAAUGUAUUGACUUAUUGGUGGGUUCGGGCGUUCACUUAAAAGUCUUGGAAAUGGAGAAAUGGGAGUGUUUUGUGUGUAAACCUAACACACAAGAGAUGGGACUUUUAAGAGUGCGGACUAAUUGGAGAUUUAAUGUCAAAGCGCUAUUUGAUCCUCUCGUCAAUGGAUUGAAAUCUCUAAACACAAUACAAGAGCCAUCCAAUGAUAAGAAACAAAUCAGAGUCUUAUCACUCAUGGAUGGCAUCUCUUCUGCGAAAAUAGCUUUAGAAAAGUUGGGACUGAAAGUGGACGCCUAUUACUCCUCGGAAUCAAACACCAAUGCCAUUGAAAUCUCGAAAAAUUAUAACAAAAAUAGUGUUGUAUUUGUUGAUUCCAUUGAGAACCUCACACUGGAAAAGAUCGUAGCCAUGGGUCCCAUUGAUUUAGUCUUGGGUUCUUCGCCGCCAGAAUAUUCUUCAAACGCUUCCAUUCGUAAAAGUCUUAUCGAGAACAAAGGAAGCGGUCAUUACUUUUUGUACUUCAAUCAUAUCUUACAUUUGAUUCGUUUGACAAACAAAAGCCGACAUAUUUUCUUCUUAUGUGAAAACUCUAAUCCGUUGAGUAAUUCGCAGAGGGAUGUCAUCUCAAACUUAUUUAUGUGCAAACCCAUCACAUUAUUUGCUAACAAUUCUCCGCAUAACCGAAACCGAUAUUAUUGGAGUAACAUUCCUGGCAUUAAACGACCACUGCCGCAAACAAUUCAGGAGAAGUUCAUAAGUUUGAUAAACAUUUUAACACAAAAUAUCUCUCGAAAGACCACUUCAGACAAGAAAAGUCUGGAAAGCGAUUCGGAGGACAAGAACUUUGAACCGAAAGAGUUGGAAAAGUUGUUUGAAUUGCCUGAGGGCUACACUGACAUCAACUCAUUGGCCACAGAUACCAGACAAGGCCUACUGACCCGGAGUUGGUGUGUCUCUAUUCUCUCGCACCUGAUCUGGUCAUUGACUGAUUUCUUCAUCACUGAACAAAAAUCUAAAUGAUUUUUAUUUCUUUUCCAUUUAAUACUUAUAUAGAAAUGAAGACUUUUUCAAAUUUAAUCAUUUGUUCUGCAAUUAAGUCCUAAAAAAGUUAACUAAUUAUACGUUUUAAUAUAGAGUCAAAUAUGAAUGUAAUGAAACUCUGUUUAAAUUCCUUUG